AUGGCCUCCCAGCGCCCGCGCAUCCUAUACCCCGACGCGGGCCCCGAGCCGCCCUACCCGCUGCGCAUGGAGGGCACCGUGAUAUCGGGCUUCGGGCGCGGGUCCAAGGAGCUGGGCAUCCCGACGGCGAACCUACCGGUGGACACCACCGCAACGCCGUGGAUCGCCGACGCCAAGUCGGGGGUUUACUUCGGGUGGGCGUCGCUGGCGCUGCCGGGGUCGCAUGCGGAUCAUCCCGGUAAUGGGGGGAAGAUACGGCCGGUGACUACGACCAUCACGGCCGGGGCUCAUGAGGGUUCGGACGCGGCGGCACCAGCCGAAACAGCAGCGAAAUCCGAGACGAGCGACGGCCUCACAUCACCACCACUGGUGACGACCGAGAUCUCCAUCUCAACCAGCACCUCCUCCGAUGCUCCCUCGACCACCCCCCCAACCAACACCCCAUCAACCACGCAAGACCCUUCCACAACCACCCCCUCCUCGACCACCCCGAACCGCCAAUACCACAUCUACCCCAUGGUAAUGUCCAUAGGCUACAACCCAUUCUACAAAAACUCUAUACGCUCAGCCGAGGUGCACGUCCUGCACAAGUUCGCGGCCGACUUCUACGGCGUGCCCAUGCGCCUGCUGAUCCUGGGCUUCGUGCGCGAGGAGCGCGACUACAGCGGGCUGGAGGCCCUGGUCGAGGACAUCAAUAUCGACUGUGAUGUUGCGCGCCAGAGCCUGGCGCGUGCGGCGUGGACGCCGAGGGAGGGCGUUGUUGUCGGGGGUGUAGGGGCUGGGGCUGUUGCUGGCGAGGCGGGCUCGGGGACGCUGGAUGGGGGGUGGCUUGUGCGGGAGGAUUGA